CGCCAAUCAUAUGAGUCGCCGUCAUGAGCUAAUGCUAUCAGAGACUCAGAGGUAUGUAAGGUCCGCGGACACGCCCGAGGCUCACGGGCGUCACGUAAAUCUGCUCAAUAUCCAGGCUCGUCUGGUUUGUCUAAGCGACACUUAAACCACAAAGUUCCUGCAGUUCGUCGUGUCACAUGUUCACCACUGAACGUCUGAUUCUCCGCCCUUAUGUCGAGAGUGACCUCGACGACAUCCUUCGCCUCUGGAACGACCCAGUCGUCCAGCCCUUUGUUACCAACGAUAAUGUCACUGUUCUUGGUCCAAAGUUCAAGGAGACACUAAGAACUCAGAUGGAGCGGGCAACCUUUGGUGCCAUAAUCGCGCUCAAGGAGACCGGGGAAUUCAUGGGCCAGGGACUGGUUGAUGUCCAACCCAAGAAUCGCGACGGCACAUUUGGGAUCUGUUUGCUUCCAAAAUUUUGGAACAAUGGAUAUGGGACCGAGGCGACAAAGUUCAUGAUCGACCAUUCGUUCAAGUGGUUCGGUUUGAACAGGCUGUCCCUGGGAGUCUUUGCGAAUAACGCACGAGCAAUUGCUGUCUAUGAGAAACUUGGGUUCGUCAUAGAGGGCAGGAAGCGCCAGGCAGUGUGGAUGGAUAAUCGAUGGGAAGAUUCUUUGACAAUGGGUAUCUUGCGAGACGAAUGGGAAAAGCAACACUGAGAGAGAAGUUCGCAUGUCAGGGAGCAUGUCCAAAUCUUAUGUUUAUCUAUUCGUGUUCGCAAAUACUCACCACUCAUUUACGUCCAAUUUCAAUCCCAAUAUAUCACCAGUCUAGACCGAACCAAGUCAUUCGGCUUGGCAGCAAUGUCCACUUCAUAAGUCCGUGACUUGGAAAGUCGAAGUUUGUAGGCAGUCACGGUGCACGAAAGAUUCACAUGCGUCGAAAAG